AUUUUUCACAUGACCCCUGUCAAAUUGCCUUCGCCCAUUUUCUCUGUCGUAUGGCUAAAAUUGGGCUAAAAUCCAGCUUAUAGUCCUCUAUUUAAACUUUAUUAGUUAUUUCGACCACUCAAAAUGGCUUUUUGCCGUUCGGUGCUAGUUUUAAGUGUAUUAGGUUUGUUAAAUAGUGUUACGGCAAGCAAUGUGCCAGUGUUAAUGUUUGGCGAUGUUGCAUCUACUCAAGAAGAGUCCCUGCCUCUGAGUAAGGUUUCCUUUACGGAAUUCAACACUAUUCUGAAGCACACGUUAGUAAACGACCCGUUUACCGUGAUUUUCAUAGAAGAAACGUUGUCUGUUGAAGAUUUUUCUUUGAAAAACAGUGAAGGCGAGACAUCUUUCCCAUUCUUACACUCCAACAUCGGUAAGGCUGUUUACUUACCGUCAACCACCUCGCCACUGCGCGCGCUGAACAAGCUCGCCGACCCGGAGAAGGUAGACCAUGUGAAAUUGACUGAAAACGGCCUGUCAGCCGAGAUUGAGCCUGAGAGUGGUAAAUUCCUCUUCAUCAACCUUAAAGAUGCCAAGGAAGGCGAAACCAGGGCUGAGCUGCUGCGCCGCCACAACGACUUCAUCGAGGAGCUGUUCGGCAAGCUGAAGAAGCGCUACCCGGAGGUUGUGGCGGUGUACACCGCUCACUACCCGUCGUGGACCAUCGCGGAGCACCACUCGAGGCAGCGUCGUCAGGCCACCGAGGCGCAGGCUGAGCCCGGCUUCUACAACCUGGCUGGUCUGAUGCUGUACGUCAAAAGCAUGGUCCUCAAUGAUGGCGGCAACACAGUGACCCUGUCCGCAAGCACCAAGCAGACCGUGGCCUCCAACGACACGGUCCUGAACGCCACCCUCGAGUUCGGAGACCGCAGCGUGCUGCUGAAUUUUGACAACAAGGCUGGAUACUGGUUUUUCAACCGCGUGAUCCUUACCGAGCUGUCCCAAGGCGUCUCCACAGUGGAGGAGCUGAUGCCUUCGGAGCCGGUGUACGCGCUGGACCGCUUCUCGUACCGCUGCGCGCAGGCCGUCGUCUUCACCAGCGUGAACACCAGCCGGCCUUACAGCCUCUCCUUCAAUGAUAUUAAGAUCCAGCCUUACACAUCGGAAAACCAGACUGACUUCGGAGACUCUCUGAACUGUCAAGGAUUCUUCUCCGUAGCAAUCUGGUCCGGCCUCUUUGUGGUGUUCAUCCUCCUUGCGAUCACGUUCUUCGGAAUAAUGAUGAUGAUGGACAUCCGCGCCAUGGACCGCUUCGACGACCCCAAGGGAAAGACCAUCACCGUCAUCGCCCAGGAAUAAGGAGGUUAGGAAUGAUUGUGUGUUUCCUUUGCCGAAAAGAAACAAAAAAGUUUUGUCUAUGGUUCGAAAAAGUGUUGCCAUGUGAGAUUUUAAAUUUGGAAACAAAAAGGACACACAAUCUUUUUCUAGUUGAGAAUGUAGGUAGUGCUCAAAGGAGGUUUAAUUAAAAAUCGUUAUUUAUGGAUAUAAUUGUAUUGUAAAGGCCUGCUUACACUACCAUACCGUUAGAGCUAAGCAUACACUAUUGUUAUAAAACGAUGGAUUUGAACAAGUGUGAAAGUGAAUUUAGACGUAAUGUUUUUUCUUGAAUAUACAAUAAAAUCAGUGCCUCAUUCCAUAUUUAUGAUAAAA